UCGGUCUCGGCCGCUGGGAACCGGGCCCGGGACUAGUCGGUCCCUCCGCGUGAGGGUGGCUCGGGAGGGAGGCGGGAGAAGGAGGUUCCUGCUUCUCUGGAACCUCAGGCUCUCCGCCACCCAGAGUCUUCUUGACCCUCGUGGCGUCCUGACGCGCACAGCUCCUGUUUUGUACUCGUUUUUAUUUUUAUUUCUGUUUGGGGGCGCUGUUUGCUUUUUGCUGGGGGGCCACGUCCUCCUGGGUGACUCCUGGCUCUGCCCUCAGGAACUGUGCCUGGCGGUGCCCUCGGAGCUGUGCCUGGCGGUGCAACCUUUAGGGGAUGCAGAAGACCCCAGCAGGGUUUGCUGCGUGCCAGUCGCCCUAUUCGCUUCGCUGCCCCUCGGGCCCGGCAUUAGUUCAUUUAUUUAGCAGUAACGGAUGGUUGUGCUGAUAUGUGCUUGACACUUCCUUAAGUGUGAGAUGCUCUGCAGUGCGUAGGGCAGGAACAGUUUAAAGCACAGAUGAACUGGAAAAGGAUACUGAAGCUGCAAUGUGAUGGGGAAAGAUUAGAAGAUAAAUUUGGACAAAAGAGUUCAAAAUCUUAGAAGUUGGUCUGGAGAAACAGUACAGGAGGCAUUGGUGUUUAAAAUGGAAGAGGAUACAGAUUUUAGAAUCAGGUUUGGUUCUUUAUGUUUCAUCACAGAUCAUGUUGGAUUUCAUGGUACUGUUAAAAGCUCACCAAGUGACUUUGUUGUUACUGAGAUUGAUGACCAUGGACAAUUAGUAUAUAAGGAUACUGAUAAACCUGUUUAUGAGAUUAAUAAAGUAUUAGUUGAGCCAAAUGUUUUAGCCAAAAAAAGAAAACAAGAUCUUCAAAAUUUAUCCUUUGAAAAGAGAAACAAUCAAAAAGUCAAUCCUUUGACUAAGUGCUCUGAUGGUAACCAAAAUCAUCAUUCUGGGUCAGAUAAAGAAGAUAUUCUCAAUGACAGAGCUUCCAAAGAUGAAGAAAAAGUUGAUGUACUAAGCUUUUUGUUAAAUGAAAAAACUAAUGAGUUACUAAAUCAGUUUGCAUGCGAAAUAAAAGAGAAUUGGAAUUCUAAAACUGAACAACUUGGACCAUCUCCUGAAUUCUCAUUAGGCAGAAUACUUGACAAAAAUCAGAGGGCUAGUUUGCAUAGUGCUGUUAGGCAGAGAUUUCCUUUUUUAAUUACUAUAGGAAGAAAUAGUGAAAUUUUUGUAAAACCAAAUCUUGAUUGUAAAGAAUUUUGUCAUUUGGUAUCAGAAGAAGAAGCAUUUGACUUUUUUAAAUAUUUGGAUGCAAAGAAAGAAAAUUCUAAAUUUACCUUUAAACCUGAUGCAAACAAAGAUCACAGAAAAGCCGUCCACCAUUUUGUCAACAAAAAGUUUGGGAAUCUCGUGGAAACCAAAUCUUUUCCUGAACUGAAUUCUAAUGCCAGUAAUCCAAAUGCAGUGAUAACGGUAAGGUUUCGAGAAAAAGCACACAACUACAGGAAAAGGUCUCUUCUUCAGUGUCAAGAAAGAAAAGUUGAAUACACAGCAUUUACCCUACGAAAGGAAAAUCUGGAAAUGUUUGAAGCAGUUGGUAUUUUAGCUGCCAAACUUGGUGUGAUUCCUUCAGAUUUUAGUUAUGCGGGCCUUAAAGACAAGAAAGCCAUCACCUAUCAAGCAAUGGUUGUUAGAAAAGUAACUCCAGAGAGGCUUCAGAAUAUCGAAAAAGAAAUUGAGAAGAAAAGAAUGAACGUGUUUAACAUUCGGCCUGUGGAUGGUGCUCUUAGACUGGGUCAGCUCAAAGGAAAUCACUUUGAUAUUGUCAUCCGAAAUUUAAGAAGCCAAGUAAGCGAUCCUGUAGACUUGAGAGAGAGAAUUUUGGAGGCCAUAGAAAAUGUUAAGGCUAAAGGGUUUGUGAAUUACUAUGGACCACAGAGAUUCGGGAUGGGGAGGCGAGUUCACACCGACCAAAUUGGAUUGGCCUUGCUGAAGAGUGAAAUGGUGAAGGCAGUAAAAUUAUUCCUUACACCAGAAGAUUUGGAUGAUCCCGUGAAUAGAGCAAAGAAAUAUUUUCUUCAAACUGAGGAUGCUAAAGGCACGCUUUCACUGAUGCCUGAAUUCAAAGUUCGAGAGAGAGCAUUGCUGGAGUCACUGCAUCGCUUUGGCCUGACCCACGAAGGUUGUGUCCAAGCCUGGUUCUCUUUUCCUCAUUGUAUGCGCAUAUUCUACAUCCAUGCUUACAGCAGCAAAAUUUGGAAUGAGGCUGUAUCUUAUCGACUUGCCACAUAUGGGUCAAGAGUAGUGGAGGGUGAUUUGGUCUGUCUGGAUGAAGAUACUGAUGACGAGAAUUUCACAAAAGUUCAUGUGGUAACAGAAGAAGAGGAGUCAGCUAAUACAUAUGGAAUGAAUCAGGUGGUUCUUCCAGUGCUUGGGUACAAUAAUCAGUACCCAAAGAACAAGGUGGGGCAGUGGUACCAGGAGACACUCAUCAGAGAUGGACUGCAGGCGUGCAGGUUUAAAGUACCUGCUCUGAAGCUCAAUGUCCCGGGAUGCUAUCGACAGAUUUUGAAACGGCCUCGUAAUCUCUCAUACCAGCUCAUGGAAGAACACAACAUUGAUGUCAAAAAAGAUGAUUCCCACAUCAGUGAAGCAGCUUUGUCUCUUUUGGUCUCUUUUGAUCUUGAUGCUUCAUGUUAUGCUACAGUUUGUCUGAGGGAAAUAAUGAAAGAUGACUUUUGAAACCGAUACUCUUGAUAUAAUUGUGUGUGUGUCAUCCUGUAAAAGAAAGGAGCUAGAAUUUCUUGAGCAUCACCAUGUGGGGAUCUUUAUAACUGUCACCUCCUUGAAUUAUGCAGCAUCCCGAUGAAAUAGAUAUUUGGUGCUAAUGCCCCAGAGGACAUAGGGCUAUCAAGUGCCAGGUUCUGAACUGAGGACUCCAACACCUAUGUCCUUUGUAUUCUCUACUGUGUCAGUGACCUUUAUUUAUGCGCCACAAAAGGUACAAUAUUCCUGGAAUAUUUGGAACGUAUAAUACUCUCAGAUAAUUGUUAAUAAGAACAAUUUUGAGUAAUUUUUAUAUACUAUAGCUCAUUGCUGAGAAUGUAGGAGAAAUUAGGUGUUAAGAAAACAUUGUUGGAUAGAUGAAACAUUUUGUUAAAUUCUUUUAAUUUUGAUAAACUCUUUUAAUUUUAAAUUUUGUUAAAUUCAUUCUUUCCUAUUUUUUAAAUUAUCUAUCAAAGUUUCUUUAUGAUAGCUAUCAGGGUAGUUUAUCCCCUUCUGAGGUGUAAAUUAAAUAGUCUUGAAUAAGUAUUGAGAUGAUUUUUAUAUAGCUUCUUUAUCUUGAUAUACAUUUUUGUAAUUUUUUCUAUUAUUCAAAUCAGAAUUUAGAAUUGGACAAAUUAGUUCCAGCUGUGACUUUUAUUGGUGACUUUAAAUAUGUCAUUGAAUCUUUUGAGGUUCAUUUGAAGAAUCUAGGUACCCCAAACUUACAAGGAACAAAUAAUAAAAUUUAUCUCCAUUCUUUUUAUGUGUGUAUAUGGUGCAAGGGAAAAAAAUUUUGUCCACUUUAAGAUAUAUUUAUGUCACAUCAUAAAUCACCCUUGAUAAUUUUCUUGCUGGUUAAAUUUGUGGGGGGAAAUGAUAUGUAUUGAUUAGGAAGAACUAAGCGUUCUUUCACUGUUGAUAGAAUAAUGAUGAAACUUGUGAAAUAACAGAGCACUACAUAUCAUGAAUGUGGUCUUUUUUAUUAUUGUUGCCCUCUACAACAUGAAUGAGUUAUGACUCUUGCAGUGGCAAAUCCAUGGCUAACUGAUUUAUUCAGCCUCUGCUUAAGUUCUGCAUACCAGGAUUCAAUCCGCCAACCUCCUAGGCAAGGUUGUGAAGCACAAGUAGAAAAAAAAUCCAUGUAUGAAUAAAGUGGCCUGUACAUUUCAAAUCUGACUGCUCAAGGGUUGACUGUGUUAAGUCAUUAAAACCUCUUAGACACUUAGCAUAAAAUUAAAUUUAGAAGGAAAAAGAAGCUGUGUGUAAGCAAAAAUGAAUCUAUGUAAUGUAAAAUAUGCUUAUUUUUAGCAUUUUAUGUUACAAAAAUGGAAAUACUUUCAGUGACUAGCUUUAGGUAAGUGAAGUAAAUAAGGAGUAUAGACUUUGACAAUAAACAGCAUUAUUAAAAAUGAUGAUGUUUUGGGGCUGGAGUGAUA